CUAGUAGGGAUUUCAGAGGGGAAAACCCCAGAUGGGCAUUUCUACCUUUUCUUAGAGCUGAAGUUCAUAUCUCUGUAUGUGUAGAAGUGCCUGUUAGUGCUUGAAACUCUUAACUUCUGACAGGACAUUGCACUCUUUGCCUGAAUUUUCAUCUUCUCAGCUAAAUCUUCGCUAAAAGACAAUGGAUUGGGUCGGUAUUCUUCCUGCAGGGUUACUGUUUAUACUCAUUCUCCUGCUGAUUCUGAAAAGACAACAUGUUUGGAAGAGCCACACAAAAGGAAACUUCCCGCCAGGACCCAGGCCUUUACCCAUCAUUGGAAAUCUGCACAUCAUGGAUAUGAAGAGACCUCACCUGACAAUGCUAGAGCUAUCCAAAACGUAUGGCCCAGUCUUCAGCAUUCAAAUGGGACCAAGCAAAAUGGUGAUUCUAUCAGGAUAUGACACAGUUAAGGAAGCUCUGGUGAACCAGGCGGAUGCAUUUGCAGGGAGACCUAAAAUACCAAUCCUUGAAGAAACAGGAAAAGGAAACGGACUUAUAUUUUCUGAUGGAGAAAACUGGAAAGUGAUGCGAAGAUUUACUCUUACAACCUUACGAGACUUUGGAAUGGGCAAGAAGGCUAUAGAGGAUCGUGUUGUAGAAGAGUACAGGUGCCUGGGGGACAUCAUUGAGGCACAGCAAGGGAAGCCCCUUGAGAUAACUCUGAUGAUGAAUGCCGCUAUUGCUAAUAUCAUUGUAUCCAUACUGCUUGGGAAGCGAUAUGACUACGAAGACCCGACAUUCAAAAAGCUCCUGACACUGGUGCAUGAAAAUAUCAGGCUAUUUGGAAGUCCAUCAGUUUCGAUUUACAACAUGUUCCCAGUUCUUGGAUUCCUCCUGAAGGACCACAAAAUUUUUAAGCAGAAUGUAGAAGAAAUCAAUGCUUUUAUCAAGGUCACUUUCAUAGAACAUCUUAAAGUUCUGGACAGAAAUGACCAGCGGAGCUUCAUUGACACUUUCCUUGUGAGACAACAAGAGGAGAAUGGAAAGGCCAAUGGAUAUUUCCAUAAUGAAAAUUUAACUGCACUUGUGAGAAGUCUGUUUGCAGCUGGCAUGGAGACCACGUCCACCACUUUGCGCUGGGGUCUUCUGCUCAUGAUGAAAUACCCUGAAAUUCAGAAAAAAGUCCAAGAUGAGAUAGAGCAAGUGAUAGGGUCAAACCCUCCCCGAAUUGAGCAUCGAACUCAAAUGCCAUAUACAGAUGCUGUUGUCCAUGAAAUUCAAAGAUUUGCUAAUAUCCUGCCAGUGAACUUGCCUCAUGCAACUACUGCAGAUGUGACCUUCAAAGGCUAUUUCAUUCCCAAGGGAACCUACAUUGUCCCCUUACUGGCCUCUGUCCUGCGAGACGAAUCCCAGUGGGAGAAACCAGACAUGUUCUAUCCUGAGCACUUUCUUGAUGCCAAUGGAAAAUUUGUGAAGAAAGAUGCUUUUAUGCCUUUUUCAGCAGGGCGGAGGACCUGUGCUGGAGAGACUCUUGCCAAGAUGGAGCUCUUCCUCUUCUUCACCAGCCUCCUGCAGAGGUUCACCUUCCACCCUCCCCCCGGAGUUUCCAUCUCAGACCUGGACCUGUCUCCCUCUAUUGGGGUCACCGUCCCCCCAGUGACUCAUGAGAUUUGCGCAGUGCCACGCUCCUAGGGCUUUUCUGAGUCAUCUCCUUUUCCUGAAACACCCAAAUGAACUAUCUCUGUCUCUAGUUCCAUGUGGGAAGUUUGGUACUUCUGAAUCUAGUAGGGAUUGGCACCUUGGCUUGUAGCCAGAGGCAUCUCUCCCACCACUACAGCAGGGGGAAGUCCUCACUUUCAGCGACUCCUGGAAAAGGAAGGUGGUGGUCAUUGUGAGGAUUAAUCCCACAAGGGACAUGAACAACAAAUUCGAUUUCAUUCUGUCCUUCCCUAUCACCUCUGCAUGUUCCACUUGAUGAAAGAGGUCAGAGCCAGUCUCUGGGUCAAAAUUCAAAAGGUACUGCAUUGAUCUAUACACACUCACACACAAAAACCCAAGAGCUUUCACCUUCCACGCCUUCAGCACAGUUACAUGCAAACUGCCAAUGGAAAAUGGUCCAUUACACAAUUUAUCCCCACACCAGUUCUCUAAAUAUCACUUAAUAGCUCAACCUGAGAUAAGGAAACAUCAGACGUUCACCCAAUGCAGAACAGCAAUGCAGAUGCAUAGAGGGCUCUCAGGUUAUAUGCUGUCUGGAAGUUAAAAUUAAUUUAUUUUACUACAGAAUAAUGUGUAUAUUAAUGAUAAAAAUAAAAGCACAGCAGAAUAAAAAGUAAUUCUCCAUUUCAAAUCAAACUUUCACACUGAAAUGGCUUCUGGGGAUGCAUCCUUGACUGGAACACACAACUAGUGCUGUGGUCCCAGCAGGAACUGAGCAAACCAGUACUUCUGUGGCACCUCUUAGGCCUCUCAAACUUAUUUCUCAUACAUCCCUGCUGUAGCUUUUUAGUCAUGAGAAUAAAUUGUCUUAGUAUAAGAUAAUAAGUCACAAGAAGUCUUCUUAGAUUUUAGUAGGGCUUUUGACACUAUCUACCAUGAGAUUCUCAUAGACGAGUUGUUGAUAUAUGGGCUGGAUGAGCAGGCAGUGAGGUGGGUUGAAAAUUUGCUGAAAAUCCAGGCCUAGAAGCUAGUGAUCAGUGGUGGGAAGUCCAGUUUGAGUCCAGUAACUAGCAGGCUAACCCAGAGGUUAAUACUGGGUCCAGUCCUGCUAAAAGUCUUCAUAAACAAUGUAGAUGAUACGGCAAGUUUGCUGAUGACACCAAACUGGAAAGGGUGGUUGAUACACCAGAAGGCUGUGCUACCAUCUAGAGGCACCUCAACAGAAUGGAGAAAUGGACUGACAGGAACCUCAUGAAGUUCAACAAGGAGAAAUGCAGAGUACUGCACCUGGGGAAGAACAACCUCAGGCACCAAUAUAUGCUGGGGGCCACUCACCUGGAAAGCAGAUUGACAGAAAAAGGCCUGGGGGUCCUGGUCCACACCAAGUUGAGCAUGAGGCAACCAUGUGCCAUUGCUUCAAAGAAGGCUAUUUGUACUCUGGACUGCAUUAGGAGGAGUGUGGCCAGCAGGUUGAG